CCGCUCUCGUCGCCGGCUGCUGCCCAGGCCACCGACGCUGGUAGCACAGCCGAUGCCAACAUCAUAGGGAGCUGAUGUCUGUUGAGAGUGCCAACAGGUGAGAUUGCCGACUGGCAUGCCGUGGCCCGUGGCAGGUUGCUGAUCGGGCCUGGGCACCUGAACCCAUCCUCCGCGCGCAAACGCCACGCCAGGCUCCACAAGCACGGGAAACGACACCGUCAUCACGCACUCUGCAUGCCCUCUCUACCAGUGUGGCAUACUUCUCCCACCGCCGGCUACUAAUGGAUGCAGAGGGGUCGGCGCAGAAGGCCGAUAAGUCCGGGCGCCACGGGGAAGGAGUCAAAAGGCGGAUUGUUCGUGAAGAACUCUCUCGCGCUCAACGCCGCCACACUCGACUCGACACAGAGGUAAGAGAACAAGAUCACGUCAUGGCUCAAGCUGCGAACAUCGGAGGCCGCAACGGCCGCAUUGGUGCAGGACCCGGCGGAGCCGGAUGGGCUCCGGGCCCCGGCCUGGGCUCAGGCCUGGGCUCACGGGCCGUCGUCGACGCGCUUGGCAACGAACACAUGCCAAAGGUUGACUCGGCGCAUCUCGGCUCGACUGCUGCUGGCGCCAUGAAGGAUCCAGCCUGGAUCCAUGGUGUUCUCGACGGCAUCGAGGCGCAGGCCAUCUUUGCUGCCUCGUCGCCGCACACAGACUGGAACCUCAGUCUCGACACCUCUGGCGACGGCGGCGACAGUGGCGGCGCGUCGAGCAGCGCCCCGUCGUCGCCGCUGUCAGACUCGGCACCGACGCUUCUCUCUCCAACCUCGCCCACCGCCGCAAGCAAGUCGAUCAUCGGCAAGGUUGUUGAUGAGUUGGCGAGCACCAUCACCGUCGCCGCCGACACCAUCCGCAAUGGCCUGCCAAGUGGAGACGACGCCGAUCCCACCAUCUUCUAUCCGUAGCUAGCUAGGCUUCGCUUUGAGACCUGCCGUCGCCUCUUUGCUGCUGAGGCGUGCGGACAGGCAUCCAGGCAUCCAGCACCUCGCGUCAUCGCUCCCGCCCAGGUGGCCAGCGCCAGCGCCCGCGGUCCGGGCGUAAGAGCGACCACGCUCACGGCGCUGCCUGCGCCUGCUGCGCGUCCGGCGCACGACGCGCUCGACGACGGGCGCCACGUUCUCCGUAGGCGAGUCAUGGCAGGUCGAUCCAUUGUUCUCAGCUUACAAAGCAAUGUACUAGUAAAAAUGUAGACUUUCACC